ACGCAUUUAUCCUCUUCUUCAUUCUUAAUAACCAUAAUCAUGGAAGUUUGGUUCAUCGUCCUCGUCUCUCUCUGUCUCUGCAUAACAAUCCGAUCCUUCUGCAAUAUUCUUUCUUUUUCUCGCUCCACUCCUCUACCACCUGGGCCUCCUCGUAUCCCCAUCAUUACCAAUCUUCUUUUUCUGCGCAGGUCCAUCUUAGAAAUUGAAUCUGUACUCCGAGAUCUUCGUUCCAAAUACGGUCCCAUCUUCACUCUUCCUGUUGCGUCCCGUCCACUUAUAUAUGUAGCUGACCAGUCUAUUGCCCACCAAGCCCUUGUUCAGAACGGCGCUGUUUUCUCCGACCGUCCUGAGGCAGUUUUUGCCAGUAAGGUCUUCAGUUGCGACCAGCAUGACAUUAACUCUGCCUUCUAUGGCCCCACAUGGCGGGCUCUCCGCCGCAACCUCACCUCCGAAAUGCUUCACCCGACCCGGAUUAAAUCCUUCUCUGGUUCCCGUAAAUGGGUUGUGGACAUUCUUAUCAAUCGGCUCAAAUCUGAUUCUGAAUCAGGCAAUCCUAUCAAGUUGAUAGACCAUCUUCAAUAUGCUAUGUUCUGCUUGUUGGCGUUCAUGUGCUUCGGCCAGAAGUUAGACGAGAAGCAAAUGAAAGAAAUCGAGGAUGUUCAACGACGCGUGGUUAUGAGCUUUAACAGAUUCAGGGUGCUGGAUUUCUGGCCGAGAAUCACUCGCAUAUUGUUCCACAAACUGUGGCAGGAAAUGUUCCAGACUAAGAAGGAACGGGAAAGUCUUUUCAUCCCACUGAUCAGGGCGAGGAAGAAAGCCAUAGAAGAGAGAUUGAACAGAGCUAAUGAGGACAAUCAUAGCUCAGAUAAACUUGCCAUGCCUUACGUUGAUUCUUUGCUGGAACUGGAGUGGCCUUUGGAGAAGCGUAGGCUUGAAGAAUCUGAAAUCGUAUCCAUAUGUUCAGAGUUUCUAAGUGCAGGGAUAGAUACAACAGCUACGACAAUGCAUUGGAUUAUGGCAAAUCUGGUGAAGUAUCCAUAUAUUCAAGAGAGGCUUGUGGAGGAAAUUAGAGAUGUGAUUGGUGACAGAGAGGAGAAGCAAGUGAGAGAGGAUGAUCUGAACAAAUUGUCAUAUCUCAAGGCAGUGAUUUUGGAGGGACUGAGGCGUCACCCACCUACACAUUUUGUGAUACCACAUGCAGUAACAGAGGAUGUAGUGUUGAAUGGUUUCUUGAUACCUAAAAGUGGAACUAUAAACUUCUUGGUGGCAGAGAUGGGAAGGGACCCAAAGGUGUGGGAGAAUCCAAUGGAAUUCAAGCCAGAGAGAUUCUUGAACGGCAAGAAUAAUUAUGAAGCGUUUGAUAUUACAGGAAGCAAAGAGAUAAAGAUGAUGCCGUUUGGAGCAGGAAGAAGAAUUUGCCCAGCUUAUAAUCUGGCAACGUUUCAUUUGGAGUACUUUGUAGCCAAUCUGGUUUGGAAUGUUGAGUGGAAGGUUUCAGAUGAUGGUGAUGUUGAUUUAUCUGAGAAACAAGAGUUCACUGUGGUAAUGAAGAACCCAUUGCAAGUUCAUGCAUCUCCAAGGUUUUAAACCUGGACAAGGAAUAUUAAUUCACGAGAAACUUGGCCCCACUGCUGGGGAAGAUACUUGGGGCAUUUUACUUAUCAAGGGCUUGUUUAGUGUUUACUAUUAAAUAAAUUUAUACAGUUCGGUAUCUAGUUACCAUAAAAUUGAUGAGAAUUAAGAUGGUUGUUUCUAGCUUCUUACUUAGGCUUAAAUAAAAUCUUGUCAACGUUCUUGGUGGCACCCCGUGAUACACAGAACUAUAAUAUUAUUCUCUGCUUGUAAUUUUCUGAUGACUUGUUUUAGUCGCAGAUAAUAUGCCUUUCAAACAAUUAA